GAGGCGGCGGCCAUGGCGACCCCCGGCAACCUGGGGUCCUCCAUCCUUGCUAGCAAGACCAAAACCAAGAAGAAGCACUUCGUAGCACAGAAAGUGAAGCUUUUUCGGGCCAGCGACCCGCUGCUCAGCGUCCUGAUGUGGGGAGUCAACCACUCGAUCAAUGAACUGAGCCAUGUUCAAAUCCCUGUUAUGUUGAUGCCAGAUGACUUCAAAGCCUAUUCAAAGAUAAAGGUGGACAAUCACCUUUUUAACAAAGAAAACAUGCCGAGCCAUUUCAAGUUUAAAGAAUACUGUCCGAUGGUUUUCCGUAAUCUGCGGGAAAGGUUUGGAAUCGAUGAUCAAGAUUUCCAGAAUUCCUUGACCAGGAGUGCACCCCUUCCCAAUGACUCCCAGGCCCGCAGUGGGGCUCGUUUCCACACUUCCUAUGACAGAAGAUAUGUUAUCAAGACCAUUACGAGUGAAGAUGUGGCCGAGAUGCACAACAUCUUGAAGAAGUACCACCAGUAUAUAGUGGAAUGCCAUGGGAUUACUCUUCUUCCUCAAUUCUUGGGCAUGUACCGGCUAAAUGUUGAUGGAGUUGAAAUAUAUGUGAUUGUUACAAGAAAUGUGUUCAGCCACCGUCUGUCUGUAUAUAGGAAAUACGACUUAAAGGGCUCGACAGUGGCUAGAGAAGCUAGUGACAAAGAAAAGGCCAAAGAACUGCCAACUUUAAAGGAUAAUGAUUUCAUUAAUGAGGGCCAAAAGAUUUAUAUUGAUGACAACAACAAAAAGAUGUUCCUGGAAAAACUGAAAAAGGAUGUUGAGUUUCUUGCCCAGUUAAAGCUCAUGGACUACAGCCUACUAGUGGGAAUUCAUGAUGUUGAGAGAGCGGAACAAGAAGACGUUGAGUGUGAAGAGAAUGAAGGGGAAGACGAAGGGGAGAGCGACGGGACCCACCCUGUGGGAACCCCUCCAGACAGUCCAGGAAAUACACUGAACAGCUCACCACCCUUGGCUCCAGGGGAAUUUGAUCCAAACAUUGAUGUUUAUGGAAUAAAAUGCCAUGAAAACUCACCCCGGAAAGAGGUGUACUUUAUGGCGAUUAUUGACAUUCUUACUCAUUAUGAUGCAAAAAAGAAAGCAGCCCAUGCAGCAAAAACCGUUAAGCACGGUGCUGGUGCAGAGAUCUCGACGGUGAACCCAGAACAGUAUUCAAAGCGCUUUUUGGACUUUAUUGGCCACAUCCUGACGUAACCUCCCAGGCUGCCUUGGAUGGACAUGCACUGUGGGAAGGACAGAGGUUGCUUCAUGUAAGAAAAAUUAAAACCAAACUCAGUGAAGCAUUCAUCUUGCAGGAAGCAAACCUCCUUGUUUACAUCUUCAGGCCAAGAUGACGUGAUUAGGGGCUACUCGCUUUAACAACUACCUGAUAUUUCCCAGCAUAGUUCUUCUAGCUAUUUCUGACUUUUUUUGUGUGUGUG